AUGGAAUACGUUUUCAUCGAACCACAGUAUGUAUUUUUAGUGUUCACACUGGCGGCGACUUACACAAGCGUCCUUGGCGUUGAACUUGCGGAUAAAGAUGCGCUGAUUACGCUCUUUCGUGUAGCGCCCACAGAUGAAUUAGGCAUCUAUAAAUACGCCUAUGGCACGAGCAAUGGGAUUAAUGUGCAAGCUGCUGGCAGUGCUUUGGAGCAAAUAGGCAUCUUUAGUUAUGUCUCACCGGAGGGCACACCAAUCGAGGUGCGCUACAUAGCCGAUGAGUUGGGCUUCCACGCUGUCGGUCGUCAUUUGCCACGACCACCCAGCAUACCGGAUUAUAUAUUGCGUUCAAUCGAAUAUAAUCGACGACAUCCCGAUUCGGAGUAUCGUGGCUGGAAAACGCCACCAAAGCAUCGACGUUCAAUUUGAAUUCUAAACUAUUUCAUGUUUUAAGUUUAAUUUAAUGAAAAAAUUUAGUUUCUAUUUUA